AUAUAUACCAUCCGAACUGGUAUUUAAUUGAAUAAAAUCGAAAUUUCCCUUAUCGCGGCUAUUCUAUCCACCGCAUAAUGUUUGUCCCGCCAAUUUUGCGUUUAGAAUUCCCGCUAUCCUGAACUCUGGACAUUAUUAUCAAAUGUCACGCUGACACUUAUCGAUGGCCUUGAAGUUUAUUAGACGUCAUUCAAAAAUGCAACACAAUUACCAUUAGAACUCCACAGUUGUUCGGGGUGAAAAACUUCUUUUCUACAUAGUUUAAGUCAACGCAAGCCCAAGGCCUAACAAGUAAAUAUUAAUAUUCGGGCGAACGGUUAUUAGUGCAACGAGACUGAUCCCUGUCCGGUAGUUUUGUGUUGAAGAAAAAAAAAAAUCGAGUCUCGUCCGUGUUGCCUGUUGGAACCAUUCGUGACAGAUUACGUCCGCAGACGCAUACGGCGUAGGACACCCGAAAAACUGUAAAUAGUUCCGGUUAAAAAUCGCCCGCAUCGCGAAUUGUUAUUAUCGUUGGACGCCUCAUUGCGAAUAUGGGGCCGCGUGAAAUGUCUACGGUUCCGAGAUAAUUUCCGCGUGUGAUUGAUUGCCCGAAAUUCAGUCGUCGAUAAUUGCAUUCUGUCCCUUUCGAUUUGCUUUUGUUUUGCGGAGUAGUCCCGCGAAGUGUGAACGGGUGUGUCUUAAGGUUGCACGCGCAUAAUGGGUUGCAUCCACAGCAAAAAAGACCUGAGCGACAUUAAUCCGAAUAUUUAUCGAGUUGUGAACAUCGACGGCGAUGGGAUGGCGCGUUGGAGCGGUCAACUUGAGAUCACGGCACGCCAGAUCACGCUCCACCGCAAGGGCAAGGAGCCGAUAAAGUGGUCGUUGCAGCACUUGCGGCGGUACGGGUUCGAUUCGGAUGUGUUCACGUUUGAGGCCGGUCGACGGUGCGAGACCGGCGAGGGGAUUUAUGCGUUCAAGUGCCAGCACGCCCAGAAUUUAUUUCAUUUGUUGCAAGCGCACAUACAAGGCACGGCCGGGAUAGACGAUCGGAGCGUGGAUCUGACUACAGCUAGUGCCAUGCUGAAUGGGAAUGCAGGCGCCAUUGCUCAGCUACGGUCUGGGGUUCAGGCAAGAAACUCAUCGGGUCCCAUGGGCCAAAUGCAGAAUCGCAGCGUGAACUAUGUCUUCCCAAACAACAGGACUCAGUCGUUGAGCCCCAACGGCACGAUUAGAUCUUCGAACCCAAGUCGGAGUACGGACACCCUUUCAGCUGAAGGGAACUACCUGGAACCAACGCCUGUGAGGAGCAACUUGGGCACCAGAUACUCGUCAGGAAUGCGCCUCAGUUCCGUUGGAAGCGGACCGUUGAGUCCGGAGCCCAACUCGCCCGGGUCGACUAACAGCUUUACAAACAUCCUCGAGAUGGCCCAUCUGAACCAACAACCCCAGUACCAAAACAGCAACGUAUACCAAGAGUUCCCGCUGCGACUUGGCGAGAACAACAACAACCUCCUAAGCAAGAAGCUCUCGCUCGACAUCCCACCGCAGGAGCCCGCUCCAAUAGUCCAAGCCGGUCAGAAUAGCCAAGCUCGCCAGCAAACAGUUGUCGCGUCCGACGACCCUACAUCCCCGUGCGAGCCAGAUGCGGCGCACAUGUACGUGAACAUAACCCCCGGCGAGCUGGAAGAAAUGACUGUUGGGACACCAGCUCUGGCAACCACAACCCAAAGCAGCUUCGGGUUUUCGCGACUUGUCUCGACCACGUCCAUAGACCCUUCGACACGGUGCUAUGAAAACCUCGACCCGGCCGACUUUCGACAAAUGCUUGGAGCGAGACCGCGCUAUUCCAAACCUGACAUUUUCGCCAAAUCUGACUCUGUUACCACGGCUUGCGACAAAUCAGAGCCAGCUACACCCACCAUCGCCAAGCAACAAGCGCCACCCCAGCAAACGCGAGUAGUAAACUACAUAAUUUUGGAUCUGGAUCAAUCGCCUUCGUCGUCCUCACUAGCCGCGAGCUCGACUACACCGACCACAACCUCAACCACCGUUUGCAAUUCGACGGGACAAGCUACCGGCAGUUCCGGCUUGACGAAAUCAACAUCCAGCACCAGUGGCAUACUGCAACAGGCCACCACCUUGCCGCAGCAAACUGUCUCCUGCUCAUCAUCAUCAACAGUGAACAAUAAUAGUAAUAACACCAACAAAACAACAACACCAAUGUUGACAACGGGAAACAGCCUUCUGCCGCCCGAGAGCCCGAAGAAAGCCUCGUCGGGAUACGCGACGAUCGAUUUCAACAAAACCGUUGCGUUAUCCAACUCAACUGCUCCAUCUUCGGACAUCGACAAUGAAGGAUCUCGGAAGACGCGACACAGUUCGACCGCACAACAAAGACAAAGCAACUCCGUGAGUGAUUAAAAUGUGAAACGAUAGAAGCCAAAGAGUAGAUGUACCGUGAGACCUUCACGUAGCCAUUUGUUGAAGAGCUUACAAAGUGUCCGAAAAUCUGUCUCUCUCUCUUUGAAAUAGAUCACUCCAGUAUUGAAGUCAAAUUAUAUGCACUAGAGCUAUUUAUGCUAAAGUCAACUUGUCGUUCAGCUUUGCCACUAUUUAGGAUACGUUCAGGAUUGAAAAACAAAAGAAAUUUCCUUUUUGGAGUUCUGUGUAAAAGAGCAACUUCCAUAAACACUGUAUUUCGGGAACCAGUUCAGAUUUCGGUGUGAAGUUUUGUGGGAAACCAAGAAAAGAUUUUUUCCUUUGUAUGAACAGAUUCCGAUAAUAAGAGACUUUGGAAGAGGUCAAGUACGUGCUUCCAAAGUGAUCCAGCAUAAAAAGAAGAUUUCUUCUGUUUUUCCCAAGCUCUCAAGCAAACAUUAAGAAACAACAACUUUACAUGCUAACAAUGGGUUUCUUCCAUUGUAUCAAACUGUCAGAGUUGUUUAAGGUUUUUAAUGGUAAAAAAAA